UCAGGGAUUGGAGGUGAUCCCUUCAAUGGAACUAAUUUUAUUGACUGCCUUGAUGUCUUCCUGAAGGAUCCUCAUACUGAGGGUAUCAUAUUGAUUGGGGAAAUUGGAGGAAAUGCUGAAGAAGAUGCAGCAGCAUUCUUGAAAGAACAUAAUAGUGGUCCAAAUGCCAAGCCAGUAGUGUCUUUCAUAGCUGGUCUGACUGCUCCUCCAGGCAGGCGGAUGGGUCACGCUGGAGCAAUCAUUGCUGGGGGAAAGGGUGGAGCUAAAGAGAAGAUAGCUGCUCUUCAGAGUGCUGGUGUUGUUGUCAGUAUGUCUCCUGCUCAGCUAGGUAGCACCAUCUACAAGGAGUUUGAGAAAAGGAAAUUGCUGUAAGAGAAGACACUUUGAAAUACUGCCUCCAGAACAUCAGUGCAGCACCUGGCUUCCGCUUACCUUUUGUCUGCUGAUCUUCAGUUGCCCAAAUGACUGACACCGGUUGACUUGAAAGCCAUAAACCUCCUGGCUAAACCUGUUUUGAUGUCUCCGUGGUUCAGACAUUAUUGCCUCAUUGUAAAUCACAGCAAAUUAAUAAAUCUACUACUAAAUCUGAUCCAUCUUUUGAAUUCCUGAAGCAGAGCCGUUUCUUCAGCCGUCGUAAACAAAAUAAUCAGCCUUGAAGGUCUGAAUCUUUUGUAACUUAAGCACUGCCCAUUUUGAGGUCAAGUCGCUUAUAGAGAUGCUUUUAAGGAUCAAGGCACUGACUUUAUGCAUAUAUCACACUUUGCUUUAUUUUUGAAAAAUCCAGUCUUGUUUGUUGCUGGCAAGUAUGUUUGAACUUUAGGCCAAAGUUUCCGUCCAUUAAACCAAAGCUGCUGGAUCUGAAGGGGUUGCUUGUUGAUCCAUGUAGCUGGAUAUGCCUGAAGUCCAGGCUUUCUUUUUCAAGGCUCAGCUGUGCACAGUGUAGUCCUCUACUGGCAGGGAAUUGUUUGUUGUAUGGAGAGAUGGAAUUUUUAUUUACAAAAAUGAAUCUAAGUUCCCAU